UUGGCAGACAGAGCUCUACAUGCCAGUGUUGAGCUCCGCACCCUGCGAACCACACGCCGUACUGGACGUUUACACACAUUCUGAAUCACAUGCUUAUGGAUACACUAUAGUUUUACUGAUGGUCUACUAAGAGGGAGAAUCCAGUUUGUCUUGAACCCCGGUAUUAAAUUUCACCUGAUAUUAUCACCUUCACCGCGAUCUGCAGAGGAACAGUCUCACGACUGAAGCCAUGCCCUGCGUCCAGGCUCAGUAUGGCUCAUCCCCGCAGGGCGCGAGUCCUGCGUCUCAGAGCUACAGUUACCACACCAGCGGAGAAUACAGCUGCGAUUUCCUCACGCCAGAGUUUGUGAAGUUCAGCAUGGACUUGACCAAUACCGAGAUCACCGCCGCCACUACCUCUCUGCCAAGCUUCAGCACCUUCAUGGACAACUACAACACCGGUUAUGACGUGAAGCCGCCUUGUCUUUACCAGGUGCCCCAUUCUGGAGAACAGUCCUCCAUCAAAGUGGAGGACGUCCAGAUGCACACAUACCAUCAGCAGAGCCAUUUGGGCCCGCAGUCAGAGGAGAUGAUGGCCCACUCCGGGCCUAUGUACUUCAAACCGUCCUCACCUCACGCCCCGGGAACGGCGAACUUCCAGGUUCAGCCCAAUCAUAUGUGGGAGGACCCGAGCUCCCUGCACACUUUUCAUCAGACCUAUAUGACCUCACAUAUGAUAGAUCAGCGCAAAAACCCCGUGUCCAGGCUCUCCCUCUUCUCCUUCAAGCAGUCUCCACCCGGAACCCCUGUUUCCAGCUGUCAGAUGCGCCGAUUUCAGAAGUGCAUGGUGGUCGGAAUGGUGAAAGAAGUUGUCCGGACCGCCAACUUAAAGGGUCGGCGAGGCCGUUUACCCUCCAAACCCAAAAGUCCGCAGGAGUCUUCGCCCCCCUCUCCGCCCGUCAGUUUGAUCAGCGCUCUGGUCAGGGCUCAUGUGGACUCCAACCCCUCUAUGAGCAGUCUCGACUACACCAGAUUCCAAGCCAACCCGGACUACCAACUGAGCGGAGAUGACACACAGCACAUCCAGCAGUUCUACGACCUCCUCACCGGAUCCAUGGAGAUCAUCCGCGGAUGGGCAGAAAAGAUUCCCGGGUUCACCGACCUGCCUAAACCGGACCAGGACUUGCUGUUCGAGUCUGCCUUCCUGGAGCUCUUCGUGCUGCGCCUGGCGUACAGGUCCAACCCGAUGGAAGGCAAACUCAUCUUCUGUAACGGAGUGGUGCUGCACAGGCUGCAGUGCGUCCGUGGAUUUGGCGAGUGGAUCGACUCUAUAGCGGAGUUCUCGUCUAAUCUCCAGAACAUGAAUUUAGACAUAUCUGCUUUUUCAUGCAUCGCCGCCCUAGCCAUGGUCACAGAGAGACAUGGACUGAAAGAACCCAAGAGAGUGGAGGACCUUCAAAACAAGAUAGUAAAUUGUCUGAAAGACCAAGUCACCUUCAAUGGAGGCGGCUUGAAUCGUCCAAACUAUUUGUCCAAACUGUUGGGUAAACUGCCUGAACUGCGCACACUGUGCACACAGGGUCUGCAGCGCAUCUUCUACCUAAAACUAGAAGAUCUGGUCCCACCGCCAGCAAUAAUCGACAAACUGUUUCUUGACACUCUGCCCUUUUAAACCGUGAGAAAAGGAGAAAAAAAUAACUAUUUCAAACAACCUCAGAGAACUUCCACUGACUCUCUUGAAAACUGAAAGCCUGAUUUUUUUAAAUCCACCAACCAUUGCCAAAUGACGUGCGCGUUCGAAAAAAAAAAA